AGCAUCUUCCCUGUGAGCUGGCAGCAUCCAGCGCGAUCAGUCCCUUCGCAGCCAACGACCGAACAUCCUCCCGGGCCGCUCAGUCGCAGUGCUCUCGAUCGCGCGCGGGCGCCCACACACACACGCUCUCUCUCUCUCCUACCUCGCUGUCUGUCUGUCUGAUCAUCUCCCAUUGGAAACAGUGUUUGGCGUGUAUCCCUUUCAUUUUAUAUCCGUAGCCCCAUUUUAUAUCGUGGCCGUGUCCUUAAAGUGACUACCAAUCACGACCAAACAAGUGUUCCCUGUGUACCAAAGAUGUGCCGCUCAGUGUAAUCGAAGCAUUUGCAAAGCAAACGUCCAUAAGCAGCAAAGCAAGUGGCCCCAUCGAUCUACCGUCAUUGUACCGGAACAACUACGGGUUGCGAUUAUUGUGCGCUCGGGAACACCACCAACGCCCGAUUCCGACUGCUCGGCGCAGUUUCGGUUCAGUGCCAGCCAGUGCCACCACACCCAGCCAUCACAGUGUCCGUGCCCGUUUGUGUCAGUGUUUGUGCCUCGCCAACAAUUCUUUGUCCGACAGUCCGUGGCGAUUCUACCGUGUUUGCGAAGAAAGUUGCAUUGCCCGUAUCGACGCCCGCUCCGCUGAUUGGACACGAGAGAGCACCAAGAAGUUAUCAAUAUCGAUAGGGCAGCAGCAUCGGCGGGUGGCAGCGCAAGGUGUAUACCGUAUACUGUCGGCCGAGGUGCAGCGCACGGUGCAGUGCACAAAUCCGACACGAUGCUAAAUCCCGUGCUAGGCGCCGUGUCAGCAUUCUGACCCAUCCGACGAUAGAACAUCGACCGGUUUCGCUGUGCGGCUGUGUUUGUGUCCUUGGUGGCCUCAUUUUAUUUCAUCCCGUCCCGCGUAGUGGUAGUGGUGGUGGUGGUGUAUUACACUGAGAGCGUGAUUGUCUGACGAGGGUAAAUAGGACGUUUGAUCCCGUGCAGUGAGGCUUAGUGCACAGUGCUAUCCUGGAGGCGGAAGGACGAAGCGCAAAAGAGAGAAAGAGAGCCGUGUAGUAUACAGGCAUUUUGAGGCAGUGUGUGAGCGUCGCCGUACACUGGAAGGUGUGCUAGAGUAGUGAACGGCUUUGCAGAUACAACCGAUCCAUCGGUCAGCUGGACCAGCGCGUACAUACUUCUUAGUACAUCGAAACCCAUACAUACACACAUACACAUCGCACGAUGGCGCUAGACUUCACCCGACGACAGUGGCUGACGCUGAUGAUUAUGGGGCUGGCCGAUUUUUGCAACGCAAUCUGCGUCAGCUUACAGGCACCAUUCUUCCCUAACGAGGCGGAAUCGAAAGGGGCGACCGCGACCGAGUACGGGCUCGUGUUCGGCAUCUUCGAGCUGGUGGUGUUCAUCAUCUCGCCCCUCUACGGCCAGUACAUCAACCGGAUCGGGCCGAAAGUAUUAUUCAACAGCGGCAUCUUUACCACCGGCACCUCGGCCAUCCUGUUCGGGCUGCUGGAUCGCGUGCCCGGCCACGUGCCCUUCAUCACGCUCGCGUUCGUGAUACGCAUCGUGGAGGCGCUCGGCAAUGCCGCCUUCCUGACCGCUUCCUUCGCGAUCAUUGCGAAAGAGUUCCCGAACAAUGUGGCCACCACGUUCGCGUCGCUCGAGACGUGCUUUGGGCUGGGGCUGAUCGUGGGCCCGAUGGUGGGCGGCGCGCUGUACACGGUCGGCGGGUACUAUCUGCCGUUCGUCGUGCUCGGUUCGGCCCUGUUUGUGACCGCCAUCCUGACGCUGUGCAUCCUGCCCAAGCACCCGAACGAGCAGCAACCGAACCGGGAAAAGUCGGCCUCACUGCUGGCGGUGCUGAAGAUCCCGGGUGUGGUGGUGUGUGCGCUCGCCAUCAGUGCGACCAGUGCGUCGAUCGGGUUUCUCAGCGCUACCAUGGAGCCACACUUGCGGCAGUUCGAUCUCAGCCCGAUCUUGCUCGGUGUUGUGUUCGUUAUCAAUGGAGGAGUGUACGCACUGACAGCACCGAUCUGGGGCUGGGGUGUGGACAAGUUCCUCAAUCCGAAGGUUGUCUCCACGGUGGGCUGCUUCCUGGUCGUCGGAGGGUUCUGCAUGGUUGGACCCGCAUCAUUCAUCCCACUAGAAACGAACCUUACAUACGUCAUCAUUGGACUGGUGCUACACGGACUAGGGAUUGCUGCGGUGCUUGUUUCCAGCUUCACGGAUGCACUUAACAUCUCCAUUAAAAAAGGACUGCCGGACAGCAUUGAAACGUACGGCAUGAUUUCGGGACUGUGGACGUCAACGUUUGCGUUCGGCGCAUUCGUCGGACCGUCCGUCAGUGGGCUGCUGUUCGAUGCGAUCGGAUUCCGCGCGUCGACCGUCUUUAUCAUCGGGCUGCAGCUGGUGGUCGGCAUCAUUACGAUACUGUUCCUCUGCUUCGAACGUUCGCCUGCGCCGUACAAGGAGAUCUCAUCGGUGGAGUCGCUGAUCAAGCCAGCCACCAGCACGCAGGACGCUGACUCGCACAACGAGAGUGGCGCGAGCCGUACCAGCAGCCUUGACAUCACCUACCGGGGCAACAAGUCGGGAUUCUCUGGCAGCCAGAGCUCGCUCAUCGGGUCUUGGCGCCCAUCGGUAAACAAUCUGCUAAUCAGCAACAGCUAUCAAAGCAAACAAGGACACUGGGCACGCUCCGUCACCGAGCUAGAGACGAACAGCGGCACACAGUACGGGACGCACUACGGAAGUUUCGACGCACGGCCCGGUUAUCAUGAUACAAUGGCCUAAAUAGCACCGUGUGUGCAUCGCUGCGACCUAUGUACUGUGUUACCAGCGCCAGACGUCGACAGGCUCCAGAUUGCCGUCGACCCGACGCUAGUGACCUUGCGGAUCGGUAUUUUUUGCUUACUGCUAAUGCCGCGCUGUUGAAGUCCCGUCCUCAUUCAGCGCACUCUAUACCUGCCACAAGACAACCAGCUUAACUAGUUGUAACUACCUCCCCCGGUGUGUCUGAGCGCAACGGACACAUCGCUUUCGUCGUCACUUACGCUACACACACGACGGCAGAUACACACCUACACGCUAUACUCUCUUCUGUCCAGUGUUGUAACGAAGCAUAAGAAUACCCUGGAGCACGACUGUAGCGCCACGGACCAUAUCCCAACUCCAAUACUCAGUGAGGAUAUUAGAUCGUCUUGUUUUUUUAAUACGUUAUAUGCACCACCACCAUCCAUCCCAGAUACUCAAUCGAUAGCUCAUCGAAAGACUUCCCCCUCAGGCUUAGGCAGAUGAUCGGACCAAUAUCGCGAGACGAACUUUUGGCAGGAUUCAACAGUUCCCAAGUUUCACGAUAAUACUAAAACAAGAUAUUGGCAUCAUCUGCACACGCUCGGACGAUAUUCGUCCGAGCGAACCUUAACUUUUAACGCCAUCCCUUACCACCCAUGUGUCCCAUGUCUCUCGGAAUCCAGCUCGCUUUCAGCCCCUGGAGCUUGCCGGUGCCAUGCCGGCCGACAGCCCUGACCUGUGCGUCAGUCGCACCCCAAACCAUUCGCCGCGGCCAAAAAGGGUGACCCGCCUGCCUGCACUGGGAAGAUGUGCCAGCUUGCCUACGAGAUCUCGGCGCAAGAAGCGAGUCGGAAAUAAUCCAGCAUUAUGUGUGAUGUUGAUAAGUUUUGUGCGGUGUGAGAAUGAGAGUAUGUUAGAUAAGGCAUGUGAGCAAACACACAAGUAGAAAGGAAAUAAAAUAUUGUAUUUAUAAUCAACAGA